ACCCACCACCAUUUUUCAAUCAUCAACAACAAUUCCCAUUUUUUACAAAAAGCCGUAAAUGUUGAAGGCAAUAAAGUCUUAUUCAUCAUAUUCAUCUUUGUUGUUCCAACAUAAACAUAGUCGUUAUGGCCGAGUAAUUUCGUCUUCUUUUUUAGGGCAUAAACAAAAAGGUUUGUUUUUUUGUUCGGAUUCAAGUGAUGGAUCCGGGUCGGAUCCUGUUUCUUCUGUUGGAGAUACCCAAUCCAAAUCUUCAGCUGCAAUUGUUCCUACUUCUAUUUUAAAGCCAGAUGAUUUCUUUACAGUAAUAGCAUUGCCAUUGCAACAUAGACCGUUAUUUCCGGGGUUUUAUAUGCCAAUUCAUGUCAAGGAUCCUAAAGUACUAGCAGCAUUGGUAGAAAGUCGGAAACGACAAGCUCCCUAUGCUGGUGCGUUUCUUGUAAAAGAUGAUCCAGGAGCAGAGGCUGCAAAUUCAGAUGCAGUGAAAAACAUUAAUGAGCUAAAGGGUAAAGAGUUGCUAAAUCGUCUCCAUGAAGUUGGUACCUUGGCUCAGAUUUUAAGUAUUGAAAGAGACCACGUUGUUCUUAUGGGUCAUAGACGGCUUCGGAUAACAGAGAUGGUUAGUGACGAUCCGCUUACGGUCAACGUGGAUCAUCUCAAGCAUUCACCGUACGACAAAGAUGAUGAUGUCAUAAAGGCAACAUAUUUUGAGGUCAUUUCAACCCUUAGAGAUGUUCUGAAGACAAGUUCUCUUUGGAGGGAUCAUGUUCAAACAUACCGUCAGCAUAUUGAUGAUUUCAGUUAUCAUAGAUUAGCUGACUUUGGUGCUGGAAUAUCUAGUGGGUCCAACAAAUUACAAUGUCAACAAGUGCUUGAAGAGCUAGAUGUGUGUAAACGGUUACAACUCAGUCUUGAGUUAUUAAAAAAAGAUUUAGAGAUACAUAAGAUUCAGGAAAUGAUAGCAAAAUCUAUUGAGGAGAAAAUAAGUACUGAACAGCGCCGAUACUUGUUAACUGAGCAGUAUAAGCUUAUCAAAAAGGAAUUAGGACUAGAGACUGAUGACAAAACAGCACUCACUGAUAAAUUUACGGAUAGAAUUGACCCAAACAAGGAGAAAAUCCCGCCUCAUGUUCUGCAAGUUAUUGAAGAAGAACUGAAAAAACUGCAACUUUUGGAAGCCAGUUCAAGUGAAUUUAAUGUUACACGUAACUAUCUUGAUUGGUUGACUGCCUUACCCUGGGGUAAUUAUAGUGAUGAGAACUUUGAUGUUUUACGGGCUCAACAAAUACUUGACGAGGAUCAUUAUGGUUUGUCUGAUGUGAAAGAGAGGAUACUUGAAUUUAUUGCAGUUGGAAAACUCAGAGGAACGUCACAAGGAAAAAUCAUUUGUCUUUCUGGUCCUCCUGGAGUGGGUAAGACUAGCAUUGGUCGUUCUAUUGCACGUGCUUUAGACAGAAGCUUUUAUCGGUUUUCUGUUGGUGGAUUGUCUGAUGUUGCUGAAAUCAAGGGACAUCGGAGGACUUAUAUAGGUGCAAUGCCUGGGAAAAUGGUGCAGUGUCUGAAAUCCGUAGGAACGGCAAACCCUCUUGUUCUGAUUGACGAGAUAGACAAGCUCGGAAGGGGUCAUUCAGGUGAUCCUGCAAGUGCUAUGUUGGAGCUGCUUGAUCCAGAACAAAAUGCAAAUUUUUUAGAUCACUACCUUGAUGUUCCAAUCGACUUGUCAAAGGUUUUGUUUGUAUGUACAGCAAAUGUAAUAGAAACAAUACCCAAUCCACUUUUGGACAGAAUGGAGAUAAUUCCACUUGCCGGUUAUAUCACUGAUGAGAAAAUGCAUAUUGCCAGGGAUUAUUUAGAGAAGAGCACUCGUGCUGCAUGUGGUAUCAAGCCUGAACAGGUUGACGUGACAGAGGCAGCUCUUCUUUCAUUGAUAGAAAAUUAUUGCCGAGAAGCAGGGGUUCGGAAUCUUCAGAAGCAAAUUGAGAAAAUUUACCGCAAGAUUGCUUUGCAACUAGUCCGAAAAGGAUCACAAAAUGAACCUGUAGCUUUAGGAAGUGAGUCAACUCAGGGUGAAACCCAGUCGAAGGAGACUAAUUAUGAACCUAGUUCUGACACUACAGAAGAAGCUGAGGUUGUCGAGACAAAUGUGUCAGCUACUCCUACACAGCAACCCGAUGAUGAGGCUUCUGAUAAAAAGGAUUCUGAAACCAAAAACUGCCAGGAUAACGAGGAAACUAUUUCAACCGAGAAAGUGUUGGUUGAUGAGAAAAACCUUGCAGAUUAUGUUGGAAAGCCUGUUUUUCAUGCCGAGCGCAUGUAUGACCAGACACCAGUUGGAGUUGUGAUGGGCUUGGCUUGGACCGCAAUGGGUGGUUCCACCUUAUAUAUAGAGACCACACGGGUUGAGCAAGGUGAAGGGAAAGGUGCCCUUCAUUUAACCGGGCAACUCGGCGAUGUGAUGAAGGAAAGUGCUCAGAUUGCUCACACAGUUGCUCGAGCAAUAUUGGCCGCUAAAGACCAAGAGAACCCAUUUUUUGCAAAUUUCAAGAUUCAUUUACAUGUUCCUGCAGGUGCUACACCUAAGGAUGGGCCCAGUGCUGGCUGCACUAUGAUAACUUCCUUGCUCUCUCUUGCAAUGAACAAGCAGGUCAAGAAUGACCUAGCUAUGACUGGGGAAGUAACUCUCACGGGUCGGGUCCUGCCAAUUGGCGGGGUAAAGGAGAAGACCAUAGCUGCAAGACGAAGCGGUGUGAAAACUAUAAUUUUCCCUCUAGCUAAUAAAAGAGACUUUGAUGAGCUUGCACCUAAUGUGAAGGAAGGUCUCGAUGUUCAUUUUGUAGACGACUACAAUCAAAUAUUUGAUUUGGCUUUUAAUGACGCCCUUCAAACUGAAAAAUAAGAUAUGGUGUAGGCCAUUACGUAAAGCUCUUUCUAACUGAUCCAUCUGUGAAGCCAACAGGUUUGUUGUUGAUUUUUUCCCACAAUUCCGAAAUCUUGUUUGUAACAUUCAUAUUCAUAAUAGCAUUCAUUAACAGUGCUAAAUAAAGUGGCGCCAUGAGUUUAAGUUCAAUAUGCUGCGGAUUUUAGUGUAAACUUUUUGUUAAUUCAACUUGAUUUUAUGGAUAUGCCGGAUGUCAUUCUGCUUGUAUGUUAUUGGAAUAAAGCGAUCCGAGGAAGACCGGCAGGCCAGAUUACAAGUUAUAGGGGUUAUGUCGAAACAAGUUAUUAUUGGGUUACCUGUAGAUCCAUAAUGUUCUCUCUCUCUUUUUUUUCCCCUUCAGUCUGUAAACAAUUUGUGUAUUUGAUUAUAACCUAUUGUCAAAUUGAACUUGUAGUAGUGUUCACAACUAAAUGAGAACAAGAAUUUUGGUA